AUGAGUGAUCUCGUAGCUAGCAAGCUCGAUCACGAGAACCAUCUUCUCCUUGACCAACCUCUCCUCCGUCUCCCGAUCGAGCUCCUGCGAAAGAAUUUCCGAUCCGCACAUUUCGAAGUUGAGAAAGAUGGAACAUACGUGAAAAAUACUCUACGAGAAACAGCUACGGGCUGUGUCAACGGAGGUGGACGAGGAGGUCAACAAGCACCUCAGCAAGCGGACGUACUCCGAAGCCUGGACGCUAUGAUCGCCCGGGCUCGAGGCGUCAAGCGAAAGCUCGCCACCUUCGCAGAAGAGGAAGCUCGACUACAACAGCAAGAGCAAGCACGAGUUGCUCACCUAGCCGAAUUAUAUAGCGUACACGGAGUCGAUGAUGUAGCGUACGAUGCUUGGAGCCGAAUUCGCCUCGACCGAUUACUGGUGGAUUACCUGCUCCGCCGCGGGUACAACGAGUCCGCCCGUGCCCUCGCCGUUGCGAAGAAAAUCGUGCCACUCGUCGACCUCGACACUUUCGAGCAGAUGAGCCGAAUCCGGAAAUCCAUAUUAAAUCGGAGCGUUACCGAGGCGCUGGCUUGGUGUACGGCAGGUGAUACGAAGAAGGAGCUGAGGAAGAUGGAUAGUAAACUCGAAUUCAUGCUCCGCUUCCAGCAGUACAUCGAACUCGUCCGAGACCAACGCACCAACAGCUUGGACAUCCUCGCAUACGCGCGCAAAUUCCUCCUCCCCUACAAAGACACCUACAAGGACGAAUUCAACAAAGCCUGCGGCAUGAUCGCCAUCCGCCCUCCCUUCGGCUUCGCGCACGACAUCCCCGCAUACUCCGAGCUGUACUCGCCUGCGCGAUGGGUCAUGCUAGCCGAGCUCUUCACCUCCACCCACAACGCGCUCUUAUCCCUCCCCUCCGUCCCACUCCUCCACAUCGCCCUCUCAUCCGGUCUAUCCGCCCUCAAGACUCCAGCAUGCCAUUCCUCCCACCCAGCUUCAGCCGCUGGCCCGCCUUCUCAUUCUACUAGUCUAUCGCUCGCAGCUAGCGUCUGUCCGAUCUGUAGCACGGAGCUGAACGAGCUGGCCCGCAACGUGCCUUACGCAUUCCACAGCAAGAGCCAUGUCGAGCCCGACUUGCUUUUGCUGCCAAAUGGCCGCGCGUACGGAAAAGCUAGGUUGGAGGAAUAUGCGCGCAAAGCGGGAUUAUUGGAUGGCCGGGUGAAGGAUUUGAGGACCGGUGAGGUGUAUAGUAUGGAGGGGUUGAAGAAGGUGUAUAUUACGUGA